AUGGCUUUGGUUAUGGAACCUAUAAGUAAAUGGACACCAAAGCAAGUGCUGGACUGGAUGAAAGGUCUGGAUGACUGUCUCCAGCAGUACGUGAAGAGCUUUGAGCGGGAGCAGAUGGGGGGAGAGCAGCUGCUGCACAUCACCCAUCAGGAGCUGGAGGAGCUGGGUGUCACCAGAAUAGGACAUCAGGAGCUCAUCCUGGAAGCCGUCGACCUCCUCUGCGCCCUGAACUACGGUCUAGAGACAGAGAACCUCCGAACUCUCUCCCACAAGCUGAACGCCUCAGCGAAGAACCUCCAGAACUUCAUCCUGGGCCGGCGGAGGGGCGGACACUACGAUGGACGAGCUUCCCGAAGGCUACCCAACGAUUUCCUCACCUCGGUGGUGGAUCUAAUCGGUGCAGCCAAGAACCUGCUGGCCUGGCUCGACAGGUCUCCAUUUGCCAGUGUGACAGAGUAUUCAUUACUGAAGAACAACAUCGUGCAGCUCUGCCUAGAAUUAACCACCAUCGUACAACAGGAUUGCACUGUGUAUGAGACGGAGAACAAGAUUCUUCACGUGUGUAAGACCUUAGCAGGGAUAUGCGACCACAUCAUCUCUCUGUCGUCGGACUCUCUGGUCUCUCAGUCUGCCCAUCUGGAGGUGGUCCAUCUUACCAGCAUCAUGCCCAGCGAAGGGCUGGGGAUGUAUAUCAAAUCAACAUAUGACGGACUCCACGUUAUUACCGGAACUACAGAGAAUUCUCCGGCGGACCAGUGUAAGAAGAUCCAUGCAGGGGACGAGGUGAUACAAGUCAACCACCAGACAGUGGUGGGCUGGCAGCUGAAGAACCUGGUGAACGCUCUGAGAGAGGACCCGUGCGGAGUCAUCCUCACGCUGAAGAAAAGGCCCCAGAACACCCUGAGCUCCACGCCGGCCCUGCUCAGGAACGUCCGCUGGAAACCGCUGGGCCUGCAGCCGGUCCCCACCAGCCCCACCAGCACCUCCCCAACACCCGGUGGCACUUUGGGCAUGUCCAAGAUGGACGCCCCCAGCAUGCAGGACGUCUACAUCCUCUCCCCGGUGUCUGGACUCUACAGCACCAGGGAGGAGAUGGGCCUGAUGUCAUGCGACGACAUCAGCCGCUACAGCUCCCAGUCCGGCUCCAAAGGUUCAGAGGCAGUCAGCUACUACCUGGACCAGGACAGCGGUCAGUACUUCUCCCUGCUGGAAGGGGAAGGACCGCCGGGGCCGGACUACGACAGGAGCCGCAACACGGGGGUUCGCCGGCGGGACAAGACCCCCACCCAUGGUGACCUCAGACCCGUUUCCAUGCCUCCCGAAUAUAACUGGAUGGCCGAGGCCAAGGAACCCAGCAUGGGCAAGAGAGGGAGCCGAGAUUCAGACAACUCCCUGCUGCGUUACCUUAGUGACGACAAGAUCCUGGUGAUCGAGGAGGAGCCCGAGGGUCCGGGCAGAGAAAGCCGGAGGGAUUCCACCAGACGCUCUCGGCGCAAGAGCCGCAAUCCCAGCAGCCCCAGCUUUCCCAUCAGCCCCUCCAUGCUGUCCUCCACCCUGCGCCUCGACCAGCCACCUGAACCUUUGCCUCGAGGUGCAGACACGCUGCGAGCAGACACAACAGACAGGUACUCGGGCUCAGGAAGCUCAGGAGCAGCCUCCAUGAGGAAGUCUUUCCAUUACACCUCUCUAAGAACGAAAACCAAAAAGAGAAGUAAAGGUUCCCUCACUAGUGCCAGUCGAAGGAGAAUCUCCUGUAAGGACUUGGGCCACGGUGACUGUGAGGGCUGGCUGUGGAAGAAGAAGGACGCUAAAGGCUACUUCACCCAAAAAUGGAGGAAGUAUUGGUUUAUCCUCAAAGAGUCCUGCCUCUACUGGUACACCAACCAAAAUGAUGAGAAGGCUGAGGGCUUCAUCAGCCUCCCCGAGUUCAGAAUAGACCGAGCCAUAGAGUGCAGACGGAAAUUUGCCUUCAAAGCCUGUCAUCCCAAAAUCAAGAGCUUCUUCUUCGCCACAGAUUGUCUGGAGGAAAUGAACAGGUGGAUGAACCGGCUCGGUCUAGCUGCUAUUGGCUACACACCAGACGAUAAGGUGCCACGCCCCGACGAAGACUACUGGAGCGAGAGCGAUCAAGACGAGGUGGACGGCUCGAUGACACUGAAGCAGGAAGGACCCUCGUCCCUCUGUGACACCUACCAUCGCACGCCAUCAGUUAACUCCUCCAGCCCCUUCCCGGAGCCAAAGCACGGUCGACAUUUCUCCAGCGAGUCCACGCACUCCCACUCCUCGGCCGAGGACCAGCGUGGGGAUGGCAUGGGCAUGGGCACGGGCACGGGCAGCACCAGCACCCACUCGUCCGGCUGCCGCUCCUCCCAUCGCGAGCGCCGCUCCUGGCAGGACCUCAUCGAGACCCCUCUGACCAGCGCCGGGCUGCACUUCCUCCAGACGGCGCCGGGGGAGAGCGAUUACGGCGGCCUAAUGGGGAGCAUGGCCGGAGAGAUGGGCUUCUACGGAGGGCUGGGCAGGCAGGGCAUGUCCCCGGAGAGACGCAGGCAGGCCACGCUGCCCGUACGGAGACACCACGCCGCCGAGAGGGACCGGGACCGAGACGGGCCCUUCCCUCUGGAGAGAGGGCCGCACACGCACAGCCACACACACCGACGCUCCCACAAGCAGCGGAGCCAGAGCCUGCCCAGGAACAGAGACCCGAUGCCGGGGAAGCUGCUGCACACCUCGGCCCAUAUGGAGGAGAGGAGUGAAGACGAGGAGGCGGAGGGCCAGGCUGCAGACAUGCUCGAGGGUGAGGAGGACCUGCGGGAGUUGAGAGUCGAGAGCAGAGAGAGGAGGGUGUCGGAGGGAAGGGAGCGGCGGAUAUCGGAGGGCCGAGAGCCGGAGCCGCUGGACGGGCUCGAGCAGCUGUACCGGGCCCUGGAGCAGGCCAACGUGACGGCGCUGGGAGACCCCAGACCCUGUAGCAGGCAGGAGCUUCGACGCUGCUUCACCCAGAGAGCCAGGGACCCCCUGCUGAACGACAGGCUGCACCGGGUCCGAGCCCUGCGCAGCACACUGAAGGCCAAAGAGUCGGAGCUGGCGGUGAUCUGUGCUCUCCUGGAGGACCCUGGCUUGUGCUCCCAGACCUUCAGAGAGUGGAAGCAGUGGCACAGCGAGCUCUACUCAGACAUCUGCCAGCUCAGCCCGGGCACCAACGGCCAGGACGACCUCUCCCCGCUGGCGGCGCCGCUCAUGACCCACACACACUCCUUCAUCGAGACACACGUGUGAGAACGAGCCGCGACAGCAGAGACUGAAC